AUGACCAAAGAAUCCAAAGGAAUGAUGUUCUUGGACGUAAAGAUUGGUGGUACCACGAUGAGUGCGCUCAUGGAUACCGAGGCCUUCGCCCUCUUCAUGUCCAAAGAGGCCGCGAAGAAGCUGAAUCUUCUAGUCGAGACAAAUGAUGCCAGUUGGCUCAAAACGGUGAACUCCAAGGAAGUCCCGACCAAAGGCAUGGCUAGGGGCAUGGAGUUCCACCUUAGUCCAUGGACUAGCCAAGAGGAUAUCGAGGCAAUUCCCCUUAACGACUAUGAUUUCAUACUCAGUCUAGGGUUUCUCGAUCGGAUCAAUCCGGGUGUUAUGCCCUUUACGGAUUGCAUAUGCAUCUUUGAUAAACGCUUGGUGAAGCCCGAUGGUUCUCUAAGCUCGACCUUCAAUCAUGAUGCUAUCAAGUACGGAUUGCUGAAGGGGAUGAGUCGAAGACAGCAUGUACUACAUCCGUUCCUUGAUCGGUUCGUUGUGGUUUACCUUGAUGAUAUUGUUAUAUAUAGUCGAACGCUCGAGGAACACGUCGAGCAUUUGAGUCGAGUUUUCCGGACCCUUUGGGAGAAUGACUUGUAUGUGAAACGUGAGAAAUGUGCCUUUGCACAAAGAGAAGUCCUUUUCCUUGGGCACAUUGUCGAGGGUGGACAAGUGCGGAUUGACGUGGCCAAGAUCCGUGCCAUCGUUGAUUAG